AGGAAAGCCCUGAGUCUCCGAGAGAUGGAGCCGCUCCAGGUUUCCAUGGCGAAGUGCAUAAACAGGAGGAAACACUGAGGGAAUCCCGUUAUUUUACAGCAUUGGACCAUUAUAAACACCCAGAGCAGGGAAGGAACCCGCUCUUGAUACUCAAGUAAUCCUCAGAGCAAGGAAAAUAAGUUCAACUAUAGCUUGCUGGAGCCUAUUGUAGCUCCAUGUUUCUGAAUUUAUAAACGACUAUUGGACGUCUAAUACUUCAUUUUUAUUUUGCCUUUUACGCGAGUGGAUUUCUAUUGCUAUGAUAGGAUAAUAUUUUUUGAUUUGAAUUUUUACUGUAUUCCAAAUGUUUAGAGAAUCUUGGAGAUUGGCACAGUACCACAACAUGAGGUCGAUGGAUCAAGGUAUGGAUGCCGCGUGCUGAAUUGUGAUAAUCUGGUAAUUUAUCAACCCUAUUGAUUUUCGAGUAGCCUAAUAGCCUAGUCCUGGACGUGUGUAUCUGUAAUUAUACAUUGUAUAUUCGACAAAAUAGGGUUUAUGGACUCGUUAGUUGUCUAACGUAUGUGGUAUAUCUGGACAGUUAGUGGUUUGAGAAAUAACUGACGCCCAUGAGUUGAUCAGCCUAUAGCCUACCACGGCGAUUCGCUAUUACAUGCCCCCAGUACAGCCAUUGGGGAACAUUAUAGCGCUGUGUAAGGUAGGCUAAUGUAGUGGCUAAACGUCAUUGUAGUCACAUGAAUAUGACGCUUCAGGUUAUAAUUCUAAUAGUUUACAUGUAUUACCAGUAGGCUAACAUCAUUCUUAAAAUAACAUUAAUGACUGGGCAGUAAUGUAUCAAAAUUCAUAAUAAUACUAUAAUGGUAAAGAUGUAUAAUAGAUAUUGUUAGCUGUUACCUAAAGCCUAUGGGAUGGGACAUGAUUUCAUUUGCAUUAUUAAUUGUGAGUUCAGUAUGUUGACCGGGUAAGCUGGAAGGAGUUCAGUAUGUUGACCGUCCUUGGGAGUUCAGUAUGUUGACCAUCCUUGGGAGUUCAGUAUGUUGACCUCCUUGGAAGUUCAGUAUGUUGACCGUCCUUGGGAGUUCAGUAUGUUGACCUCCUUGGAAGUUCAGUAUGUUGACCGUCCUUGGGAGUUCAGUAUGUUGACCAUCCUUGGGAAUUCAGUAUGUUGACCGUCUUUGGGAGUUCAGUAUGUUGACCAUCCUUGGGAAUUCAGUAUGUUGACCGUCUUUGGGAGUUCAGUAUGAUGACAAUGCCAAGGCAAGAGACUUUCAGGUAAGGUAUGCAUGGCUAUUUAACAGUUUGGUUUGGGAUUAAUAAAUGUAACAAAUUAUAAAAUGUGUAUUUCAGUAAUAAGCCAUUUCACACAUUUUUGCUAUCAAGGCAUUAUUAGGCUGCACCUAAUUUUAGCAUGGGACUCUUUUUCAGUUAUUGUUGCUAGGAGCAAUUGUAGGACCCAUACAUAUUUCAGACUUCUGCUGUAAACUUUUACAAUAUAGCUAUUGCGGUAUGGUGUUAUUACAAGACGUUAUUACAACGCUAUAGCAAAGGUUGUACUGUAAUAGCUGAUACUUUAGGGUUUGCAGGUGUAAUAACUACAAAUGGUGUUGUUCCACUGUCAGGUUUAUCACAAAUAUUAAGUAUCCUAUUAAAAAACAUGUUUAGACACCAAGGAGCGCAGGCUGGGGUUUAAAUUACAAUAAUCUGUCAACUUUCUCUAGCCUGAUCCUAGAUAUGUAUGUGCUGUUUAAUCAAAUCCUAUGGUCAUUGUCAUGCCACAGCACAAACAGAUCUGGGACAGGCUCUCUCAAUUCAAUGUAAAUCAGGGCUCAUAUUCAUAAAGCGUCUCAGAGAAGGAGUGCUGAUCUAGGAUCAGUUCCCAUUGUCCUUGUAAUCAUAUUUAUUAUAAUCUAAAAUGCAAAACUGAUCCUAGAUCAGCACUCCUCAUCUGAGAUGCUUUAUGAAUGCGGGCCGUGGUUUUGGACCACAUAAUGUUGUUUUUUAGUACGAUCCGACUGAGCACAUUACACCCUGGGAGGUGCCAUUCCUAUGGGCAGUUUGAACAGAGGUACAUUCUGUGCUGUUUCAUGCAUACAACCCACCAAGUGUCGUCUUGGUUACGUAUAGCUGGUGGGGGCCUGUCUACAAGAGGUUUCUAAUAUGCCAUAACUCUUUGCAUACAUUUGGAAGAAUUCUAAACAAUGGGACCAGCGAUGCUGGUUAGCAACGACAUUGGUCCCAUGAAUCUGUUUAUUUUCAAAAGCUUCCUCAUGGAAUUAUUAGGUUGUCCUGACCUGGGUAUCUUCAACCUAGUCUACAGUACUGCCUUCACUCAAAAAAAUUGAGGUUCAACAAGGGUUCUUCUAAGAUCCUCAAAGUUCUUAGAAGAACCUUAGCGUUCUUGGCACGGAAAAUGGCCCCAAAAAGGUUCUUCCAAGAACCCCAUAAGAGGUGGGGUUUAUCGAGGAACCUCCUUAGUUGGUGGGGGUUCUUGCAGGGACCUAACUGCUCAACUAAAACAUUUUAUUUUAAAUUUGAAAGGACAGCAGGGGCAGGCACUUAACUGAACAAUGUAAAGAUCUCCUCAAUUUAAGGUAAGGUUUGCCCCCUAUAUGAUCUAAAUUGAUAUUGUUUUAUGAUAAUACCAUCUAUCUUUUCAUAUUUGUGCAAAUCUUUUUAAAACAGAAAAUGGACACAAUUCAAUGGAUAUCAAUGAACAAGGAGGUAAGAAUAUGUAGGCUAUAAGAAUAUGUUGAAGGCUAGCUGUAUUGGGUGCAGAUGACUGAACUGCUCACUUUUGUGUCUGAAGGUAUACAGACAAGGAGGCACACGAAGGUAUGUCAAUUAGUAUUGGUAUGUUAUGCAGAUCACAUGUACCAUCCUCAUCUACAUUAUGGACAAGGUAUGUGUAUGAAACCAUUAUAUAAAAAAAAAAUCAUUCACAUUUACCACAAAAACCAAAGUAUGAAUACUGUCAUGUGCAGGUUUUGUUAAACAUCUUUAUAAUUACAAUUUUUUGGAUUCACAGACUUCACCCUCCCUACACCUCUGAUGAAUAUAACAGGAAACCUGUUCGAUCACCAUGUACUGCAAAAUCAUUCUGGCUAUGGAUACGGAGAACAUCAACACAUUAACAUCAACACACCAGAGGAUAUACACAUUGGACUUAGCGCUCUGCUGGGAGUUUAUUUUUUUAUUCUGCUAUGCCACUAAAAUCCUAAUAAACACUGACAACUAAAAGAUUGUGUUAUUGUUAUGCGAAUUAAAAAAUUGACUCCAAAAGAAAAGAAAAAAAUUAACCCCAAAAGCUUAUUCAAAAGGUUAUUUUGAUGAUCCAUUAAAAGGGGUUCUUUAAAGAACUUAUAGGGCUUCCCCCACAGUUUCAAUUUGAAGAACCCCGAAAAUAUACUCCAGGAACAUUUUCUUUUUAGAGUGUUACAAACAUUUCCACCUAAACAGUCGAAUCCUGAAGCCGUUUCCAUUGGAUUUACAUGUAAUGAACCAAUGCCAGCUUUAGAAAUGCCUUUGUCAAAUUUAGUUUAUAAAGGGUCUGGUAUAAACGUUUAUUAGUAAUACAUUCAUUAGAACAUAGACCAUAACAGUAAACUUAUUUUUUGUUGUUGUAAUUAUUCAUCAUUUAAAUAUUCAUUGAUACAGCAUCUGGGAUGAUGGGUGAAAAUGAAUGAAAAUGCUCUAAUGCUCAUCCAGUAAACAUCCUUUCAUACUGUAGGUUAUAUAGGCGACUCUAAUUGGGCAUAUCUUUACAGUUUGUAUUAAAAGUUACAGUAAGAUACCCCUAUAUGCCAUGCGUAAUUGCUUGGUGCCAGACACCCGGGGGCAGCAGCACAUCAACUGUACCACUGAUGCAACUCAUCACUAUGAAGUUGUGCACCUGCAGCUGUUCUGUCAAUGAUCAUAGGGAGGCGUGAUCACUCCGCCUUUGACACCUUGCACCGUAUUUAUUUAGGGCUUCUAUAUGAAAAUAGACACGCCUUAUCUCUAUAUGAGGUUUAGUUUGAAAGAGGAAGUUUAGUUGCUAUUACGUUGCACUCGCUGCUCGUUCUUUUUGCAUUUUUUUUUACUGAGGCAUCAGUGGCGUAUUAUCGCUUCAAUUGAGCAAGUGAAGAUUCUAUCAUAGCCUAUCCACCUCCGUCAAGGCCUCUGACAUCGCAAGGCCUUCGUGGAUGAAGAGAACAGCCAUAGUAACAUCAUUGAUUAUACAAAAUAUCUGCUUCCUUUAAUUUUUAUUAUAAGUAAAUUGAUUCAAUAAGACAGAUGAGCUCGUUUUACGACAGAAAAGACCCUAGUGAGUUAGGGCUGGAAGAGGAACUGAGUCAAGUAAACUGCCAAGAUGAGUUGGAGUUUGAUUACCUGUUUGAAUAUGAACCACCUUGCAACAACUUUCCCGGGGAAGAUCAAGUAGAUGAGCCAAAUCUUUCCUCACAGAGAGUCCUCAGUGCUGCAUCUCAUCUGGCCUACCCCCUGGAGGAGACUUCCCCCUACGACAUCAAGUGCAGCGAGCGCAACCCAGAGAGCGUUUCUGGUUAUGAACACCUGGAGGCUAAAAACUACCUGGACCACACCAGGCCUGGGGGUAUCGCCCUGAGCCCCAGGAUCGAGAUCACCCCGUCACGUGAGCUCUACAGCCAUGGACGAGACUCCCUACAGAACCACCCUCUGAACAUCAGUCCCCGGCCCACUCUGACCGUCCCGGGCCACGACAGCCUGGUAUACCGCGAGCCCCAGUGCCUGAGCCCAGCCAGCAGCAACUCCUCCACCAGCUGGCACUCGGAGAGCUAUUCUCCCUGGGCCUCCCCUUGCGUGUCCCCAAGUAGUGGCCAGACCGGGGCCGGAGACCUCUGCCCCCGCUUCCAGAACAUCCACACCGGCUCCCCCCGCACAUCCCCAGGCACUUCCCCCCGCACUGAGGAGGGCUGCCUCAGGCCCCGUUCGCCCUCCCCAUCCAUCAGGCCAGGAUCCCGCUCCACCUCGCCACAGGGCAAGCGCACCUACGACAUGUACAGGAAUCCCAGCUUGGUCACCGGGAUCCGUUCCCGCAGUCCCUCCCCACACGGGGGCAACGGGGAGCACUCCCAACAGAACGCAAGUGCCCAUUACGGGACCCCCAACAGUAUGGCUGAGGCCAUGAACGGCUACGGCACUGUCCAGCCUGGUCUCGUCCCCACCAAGGUAGUGAAGACGGCCAACCAGGCGUACGCCCUCUACCCAGAGAACCACAGGGAGGUCAACUACCUGGUGUCCUGUGAGCAAGACGUUAAGAGUAAAACUGGGGCGGAGUCCUUCUUUGUUAUCCCUCCCAUCUGGACCAAGCAGCUGGUCCCCAACCUUUGCAGCAUCCCACUUUCUUCUCUGCCCCCUCUGGAAUGGCCUGUCCCCAGCCAUACAGACCAGUACGAGCUCCAUGUUGACGUGCAGCCCAAGCCUCAUCACCGAGCCCACUAUGAGACAGAGGGGAGCAGAGGAGCGGUCAAAGCCCCCACUGGAGGUCAUCCUGUCGUCCAGUUGCAUGGCUACAGGGGUAAGGAGCCCCUAGGCCUCCAGAUCUUCAUUGGGACUGCAGACGACAGGAUCCUGAAGCCUCACGCCUUCUACCAGGUCCACCGCAUCACGGGCAAGACGGUCACCACCACCAGCUACGAGAAGAUUAUCAACUCCACCAAAGUCCUGGAGAUCCCUCUGGAGCCCAAGAACAACAUGAAAGCGAUAAUCGACUGUGCUGGGAUCCUGAAGCUCAGGAAUGCUGACAUUGAGCUGAGGAAGGGCGAGACGGACAUCGGACGGAAGAACACUCGUGUGCGUCUGGUGUUCCGUGUCCACAUACCCCAACCCAAUGGGCAACACAUCUCACUGCAAGUUUCCUCCCAUCCAAUCGAGUGCUCCCAGCGGUCGGCCCAUGAGCUACCAAUGGUGGAGAAACAAGACAUGGAUAGCUGCUCUGUCCUGGGAGGUCAGCAGAUGAUCUUGACGGGACAGAACUUCAGCUCUGACUCCAAAGUCAUCUUUAUGGAAAAAACCCAUGAUGGACAGCAGAUUUGGGAGAUGGAGACAACAGUAGACAAAGAUAAAUGUCAGCCUAGUUUGCUGUUCGUUGAGAUCCCUUCCUAUCGUGACCCAUCUAUCUGCCAUCCUGCCAAAGUGAACUUCUAUGUCAUCAACGGAAAGAGGAAGCGCAGCCAGCCACAGCACUUCACAUUCACCCCACUGGCAGUUCCCUCCAUUAAAACAGAGCCUGUGGAUGACUAUCCUUUUGCCAUGCCCCAGAUCCUGGGUGUUUCCCCGCAGUCCUACUACCACCACAGUCCUGUGGGAAUCAUUCACCCAGACAACAGCCUGGUCUCCAGCAUGGCCUCAUGCCAGCAGGUCCGAUCCGGCCUCCCCACCCCCGGCCCAGACCCCCGCUUCCAGCAACAGAGUCCAGCCAUUGUGUACACCCGCGGGGGCAAGAGUCUGAGCGACAGUCCCGAAGGGCUCUACCAGCAGACUGGAGGGAUGGGGAUGAUGCCCGACCCACACCGCUCUGUCCUGGUCCACACAGGCUCCCCAGUCCAGCAGCAACACGGAGGGGGCCAGGGCCAACACCCCUCCAUCAUCCAGUUCUCCCCCACCAACCAACACCUGCUCAGGGAAGGCGACCCUCCACCUCUCCAGCCUGACAACCAGCAGCAUAUAAUCUACUGUGAUAGCUUCCCUCAGCAGGCUGGAGCCCAAGCUCACUCCCCUGUCCUGGCCCACUCCCCUCAGCAUUACCCCACCACUGUGAUCCAGCAGCAGCCCAAGGUGGUGCCCAAGGGCAGGUCUUCCCCUGGAGGGAUGGAAGCCCAGAGAUGCGCCCCUGGAGAGGAGCAGAGAGCCAGCCUCCCUGGCAGACAGGUCACGGUCAAGGAGGAGAACCUGGAUCAGAUGUACCUUGAUGACGGUGAGUUAAACGAGAUCAUAAGGAAGGAUCUGACCGGCGUGCAGGCCAGAGGUCAGACAUAGACGACAGAAAACAGGAAGUGGACAGCUGCAGCUCACUCUUCGUCGCCAUGAGAACCUCUUCUUCUUCCCUGUGUGCCCAUCUCCAUAUCAACCCUACAGUAUAUCAACCCCAGCCACCAGCAGUUUGGCAUCUCCAUAUCAACCCUACAGUAUAUCAACCCCAGCCACCAGCAGUUUGGCAUCUCCAUAUCAACCCUACAGUAUAUCAACCCCAGCCACCAGCAGUUUGGCUGCUCUGCCCGUUUCCUUCAAAUAACUGUUUCUCAGCUAAAAUAUUCUCUGCCUUUUACCCAACGCCAAAGAAUGUUCUGCCAAAGACAAUUUUCUUAGUUUUCAGGCCCAAAAGAAACUGGAUUGUGCCUUGUUUUAUUACUAGUAAGGUUUAUCGGAUUCAAAUGGAUGUUUUUCUGUACAAUAAAUAAGAGAGGGUGAAAAUUCCUAAACAAGUAACAAUCAUGGCAGUCGCUGUAACAUUACUGGUUGUUAAACCAAUAUGCAGUGGUGGAAAAAGUACCCAAUUGUCAUACUUGAGUAAAAGUAAAGAUACUGUAUGUUACUAGAAAAUGACUUAAGUGAAAGUCACCCAGUAAAAUACUACUUGAGUAAAAGUAAAAAUGAUUUGGUUUUAAAUACAGUAUCAAAAGUAAUUGUAAUUGCUAAAAUAUACUUCAGUAUCAAAAAUAAAAUAAAAGUAUAAAUAAUAAUUUAAAAAUCCUUAUGUUAAGCAAUCUACGCGUAACAAUUUUCUUGUUUUUUAUUUUAUUUACGGAUAUCCAGACAUUUACAAAAGAAGCAUGUGUAUUUAGUGAGUCUCUUUAUAAGUAUGUGAAUUGGACCGUUUUCCUGUCCUGUUAAGCAUUCAAAAUGUAACGAGUACUUUUGGGUGUCUUGGAAAAUGUAUGUAAUUAAAAGUACAUUAUUUUCUUUAGAAAUGUAGUGAAGUAAUAGUCAGUUGUCAAAAAUAUAAAAAGUAAAGUACAGAUACCCCCCAAAAACUACUUAAGUAAACAUACUUUAAAGUACUACUUAAGUACUUCGUACCGCUGCCUAUAUGCAAACCUUUAAAAUAAUUGUAACUCUCUUACCCAUCUUGUUGACAAUUCUACCAAUGGCACCAUUCAUAAAAUAUGUCAACAUUUCACUGUGAUGUGUGUAUUGUGUUACACAAUUUGAGCUUACUUUGAUCAUCUCAUCUCGCGACUCUAAAGGAGACGAACACUGCCAUGCUAAUAACCAAAUAAAUAUUUGCUUGUAAUUUCACCUCUCCAUAUUUUUUAUUUUCUUGCCUACAUGUUUUUGUGUUCUAUGUUGUUAUGUACCAAUUCGGCACAACACAUGAAGUUCCCUCCCAGGAAAUAAUUUGAACGUUAUAUGCACUGUUUAGUAGGGGAAUAUUUGUGUAUGUGUAUUCUUACAUGGUGUGUUGUCUUUAUUCCAUAGUUAAUGUUUUCCUCAUUGUGUUUGGGUCAUGUGAUGAACUUAAUGUAACUAAAUGUUUAUUACAGUAUAAGCAGUGGAUUUGCCAGAUGCCUCAUCUGGGCCAGUGAUGAUACUGCUUAGAGAAAAGUAUUUCACCGUUCUCAAUUAAUUAUUGGAUAUUGAAUUAGUCUCAAAAGGCUUAUAUUCAAAGAAUGAUAUGCUAAAUCCUUACACAGGCAAAGAUCAGGGGGAAAUGCAAUUACAAAAUUAGCAGGUUCUGAAGAUGUCUAAGCAGGCAAUGUUUUGAGUGUUGUAUGUCUACAAUGCGUCUGACUACAUUCAGGUCUUAAAGGGAUAGUCUUUCUAUGCUUGCUAAUGGGUGCCCAAUUUAUUAGUAGCCUAUAUGAUUGUAACAUUUAUCCAAAUCUGUUGCAUGUUUGGUUGCAACAGAGCAAAAUGUUAAUAUGUGUAUAACAUAUAUUAUAGCCUACCUAUUUCUAUUUUGUGUAAUUAAUAUAAUUUUGAGUUUUUCCGUAAUGACAAUGAACAACAUGCUAUAUAUGCAGUGCUAAUAAUUGUCUGCCUAUACAAUAACAUCCCAGGUAUUCUUACCUGCACUGUACAUACUGUGCCUUACAUUUCCAAGAUCAUCCCACAUUUCUAAGAUGAGCUAUGCUUUCCUUGUUCAGAGUCACUGUCAGUAUACGUGUAUUUGAUGUACAUUCAAACAUGAAAAGGCUUUGUGGAGCAAAAUGAUUGGUGUUGCAUAAUAAUCUAUAUGAUUUACUGCAUGUAUAUAGCCUAGCAAGUGCUCAAAGUGCUUUUAUAUUAUAAGAAGGGAUAGCUGAGAUUGGUGCAGAAAGUAGGUGUUUUGUUACAUAUCAAAUAAAAGAUGUUCAACGUUUUAAGAAGAUCCCUUGCCCCCUCCAAAAGAAACGCUUUACAAAUUGUGUAUGCCUGACCAUUGCCAAGUCAUAUGCCAUUGCUAUGAUUGUACAAAGAUUUAAAAGUUAAUGAUCCAGACUGAAUCUGCCUGUUCAAUAUGUCAUUUUGACUAAUUUCAUAUGAUAUAUUUUAUAUUAGUUUUUAUGUGCUAUGAAAAGAUAUAGAUAGUAAUAGUUAAUAGCUAAUAUAUCUGACUUUUUUAAUUGAGCCAUUCUCUCAAUGUACAGCAAACAGUAUGUUUGAAAUAUCCUGAAUGUAAACUUUACAGCUUUUUCCCCGUUAACUGUAAAUAGAUAAUUGCUUACAACUGUAUAAAUGGUUCUGGUAGUCCUCUUUUUUUAUUGGUAGGUAUAGCGUAAAUUAGAAAAGUAUGUUUUAUGAACUGCAUCAGUUGUUUUCUGGCUUUCUCAUUAUUUUUGUUAAUUCAGUGUCUUAGUAAUAAGCCAUAUAUAGCUGUCAAAACGUUUAUAUUUAAAGUGAUGUUGAAAUAAAGUUUGCUUUAGAGAAACAGAUUAUA